AUGAAAGUGGCAAUUAUUGGAGCUGGAGCAAGCGGCUUAACCAGCCUUAAAGAAUGCUUGGAUGAAGGCAUUGAAGCAGUUAUUCUUGAAAAAGAGAAUCACAUUGGUGGAUUAUGGAAAUUUGAAGAAGACGUUGGCAAGGGUGGAACAGUCUAUCGAUCGACGGUCAUCAACACAUCCAAGGAAAUGAUGUGCUUCAGCGAUUUUCCUAUUCCUGAGAAUUUUGCACCCUACAUGCAUAACACAAGCGUCAUGAAAUACUUUGACUUAUAUGCCCAAAAAUUCAAUUUAUACGAGCACAUUCAAUUCAAUACUUACGUCCAGCAAGUUAAACCAGCAAGCGAUUAUUCAGAAACAGGACGAUGGGAUGUCAUUACCAAGCCUGCUGACAAUCCUACUGCUGAAACAACCACAACCACUUUUGAUGGUAUUAUGGUUUGUUCAGGCCACCAUUGGGAUUCCAGGAUGCCAUCUUUUAAAGGAAUGGACGUAUUCAAGGGAAGACAAUUACAUAGUCACGAUUACAAGGAUUAUCGCGGUCACGAAAAUACCCGAGCGGUAGUUGUAGGAAUUGGCAAUUCAGGUGUUGAUGUUGCUAGUGAAUUAAGUCAGCACUGCUCACAGGUUUAUCUCAGCACACGACGUGGGGCAUGGGUAUUUUCACGCCUUGGUCCCGGAGGAGACCCAAUAGAUGUUUUUUUCAACCGUUAUCUAAGCUGGCUGCCUUCGUCAAUUGUUGAGAAUUCGCUAAAAAAAGCUUUAAAUGAACGAUUUGAUCACGCUCAAUAUGGAUUGAAAGCUAAACAUAAAGUAGCAGCGCAACAUCCCACUAUCAGUGACGAAUUACCAAUACGCAUAGUAUGUGGAGCAGUCAAAGUCAAAGAUAACAUUGCUUGCCUGCAUGAACACGAUAUUGAAUUUACUGAUGGCUCUAUUGAGAAAGAUAUUGACACUGUUGUCUAUUGUACUGGAUAUAAAUUUGGUUUCUCUUUUUUGGAUUCGUCUAUCGUUGAUGUUAAAGAUAACCAGUGCGAUCUAUACAAAUACGCAUUUCCACCACAUCUUAAGCAUCCUACGUUGGCAAUGGUAGGAUUCGUACAACCAGUUGGGGCUAUUAUGCCAAUAGCGGAAAUGCAAGCAAGAUGGAUUACACGAGUAUUCAAUAAGAAAUGUCAUUUGCCAUCGGAAGCUGGAAUGAUGAUAGAUAUCGAAAAAAAACGUAACAAUAUGGCUGCUGUGUAUGUUGAUUCACCAAGGCAUACUAUCCAGGUUGACUUUAUACAAUUUAUGGACGAAAUUGCUGAUUUGAUCGGGUGCAAGCCAAGCUUCUUCUCUUUGAUGCUCACUGAUCCCAGUCUGGUUUUUAAAUGUAUUUUCGGGCCAUGUACUCCUCCACAAUUUCGAUUGCGAGGACCUCAUGCUUGGGAUGGAGCAAAAAAUGCUAUCAGACAGGCUAAAAAUAAUAUUGAUAAACCUACGCGUACUCGACAAAUCGAAGAUAUACCAAAAGCUAAAAGUAAGGGGAAUUACUUAUGCCCUUGUACAGUUAACUGUAAGCAUAACCGUAAUAUCGUACACUUACCGUAG